CCCACUUACAACAUGUGACCCAUGAGGCAUGUUCAAUGAGUACAUACAUACAUGGAAGAAAUUUAUACCAGUAAAAUUCCCCGUGAUUUAAUCGGCGUCAGGUAAACCUAACAACCGACUGUCCACUUUGGUUUGACAAAGCCAAAUGUGAAUUUUUUCGUAUGGAAGGGAGACGCGUUGUGUUUUACUCAAGAUAAAGCGCAUUUUCAUUCAGUGUUAUUCGGGCAAUCUAACGUCAAUGUGCUGUAUAUCAAUGCUUUCUUUUAUGUUUGUAAAUGUGUAUCAACACCAUUGGUCAAGCUGUCCAUUUUGAGUUUAAAAAUUUACAAUGGAGAAAUUUAAUUCCAACAUGUCGGUACAGUUGUUGAUUUGCAUAGUAGUAUUUUUACCAUCGUGUUACAGAGGAGAAAAUGAAUUGAAUAAAAAAAAUAUACAGUUGCCUCAACAAUUACUGAAUCUCGAAAUCCAAGAUCUAGAAAAUGCGAUUCAAUAUGGUACUCAACAAAUUAAUAUGCUCUCUCGUCAUGAAGACUCACUAUCAUUUUCUGAUGUUAAUGUGAAAAUCGGAAGCCCUUCGCAUGGACAAUUGAUCGAUUCUCAGCCUUCCAUAGAAGCACAUUUAGCAUCUCGUAAUGCCGAAAUUCUUCUUAAAGCUUCGCAAUACAUCAUGAAUAAACAUUGUUUGGGCUCUAGAAUUAGUUCAAUACAAUGCGCUCAUGAACUAUCAAAAAUUAAAUUAGACAACACUUCAAUGGGUAAGACGUGUUUAUCCCAAUAUUACAAUGAAACUAUUUGCGAAGGAAUAAACUUGAAUUAUCGAAGUGCAGAUGGGGCUUGUAAUAAUCUAAAACAUGCUUUUUGGGGGAAAGUAAAUACAGCGUAUAAACGUUUGUUAUUCCCAGUCUACAAAGAUGGUUUAAAUGCAAUUAAAGAACUCCCAAAUUCCAGAGAAUUGAGUACCAGCCUGGUUAACGAUGAAAACGCGCCCGAUAGCGUAAAAACUAUUGCGAUGGCAUUUUGGACUAUUUUCAUAGGGCAUGAUCUAUCUCACACAGCGGUUUCCAGCAUGUUGAAAACGAACAAAUCAGUGGAUUGCUGUAAUGAAAACGGAGCGAAACAAUCACCUCGGUAUACACAUACGUCGUGUGCGCCCAUAAUAAUACCUAAAGACGAUAGAUUUUUUUCAUCGUUACGUCGGACGUGCAUGAACUACGUACGCUCAGUCCCAGCUAUACGAACAGAUUGUACAUUUGGACCCAGAGAACAAUUAAACCAAGCCACUCAUUAUUUAGAUGCAUCUAUGAUAUACGGUUCGUCUGUAAAACAAACGUUGUCCUUGAGGAAAAAAUCACGUGGUCAAUUAUUAACGUAUACCGGUGACGAAAAUAUGCAAUACAUGCCAUUAACCAAUAACUCGAACGCAUGUCAGUCUGGUGCUACGUGUUAUAAAGCCGGAGACAUCAGGGUCAAUGCACAGCCCCAUUUGACAGCCAUGCAUACUCUAUGGGUGAGGGAACAUAAUCGAAUUGCCAGUCAAUUAGCUCUCAUAAAUCCCCACUGGGAUGACGAGAAAAUUUUCCAAGAAACUAGAAAAAUAACAAUAGCUUCGAUUCAGCACAUUACUUAUAACGAAUGGUUGCCAGCUUUACUGGGUAAAAAAUUUACCAAGAAAAAUGAUUUAGAAUUAUUGCUAAAAGGAUACAGUAAUUCUUAUGAUAAAACCAUCGAUCCAUCAGUUAGCAACAGUUUUGCUACUGCAAUACUACCUUUUGCUAAUUCUAUGUUUAAUGAAACUCUUAAUUUGUAUUUUGAAAACCGAAUGACCAAUAAAAGUUUAUCUCUAAAGGAACAUUAUAACCAACCAUCAGAUUUACAGAUGAAUUACAUGGAUGACCUGGUGAGAGGACUCUCCAUGCAAAAUACUCAAAAAAUUGAUAUGCUGUUUACACAAACUAUUACAAAUUACUUGUAUAGUCAUGCAGACAAUAAUAUGUUUGGAAUGGAUAUUGUCAGUUUGGACAUACAACGUAGUCGUGAUCAUGGUAUUCCAAGCUACACACAAUUUAGAAAGUACUGUGGAUUAAAAAGUAUACAAAGUGUACAAGAUUUUGCUCAGAUUAUGGUUAAAGGAUCAACUAAUAAGUUAUUAAAGCAAUACAAAACUUGGGAUGAUAUUGAUCUUUUGAUUGGCGCAUUAUUUGAGAAACACGAAGAUGAUGCAAUGGUUGGUCCAACAAUGAAGUGUAUUAUUAGAGAACAAUUUAUAAGAACUAGAUUGGCAGAUAGAUAUUUUUAUGAUUUACCAGGGGUCUUCAAAAAACAUCAACUAGCUGAAAUCAGGAAGAUGACCCUUGCCAGAGUAUUUUGUGAUAACAGCAAUAAUGUUAUGAAGAUGCAACAGAGAGUUUUUUUUAAACCCAUAUCAGAUGAUGAUUUAUUGCCAUGUACUUCUCAGUUAAUUCCAAAAAUCAACCUCAAACAUUGGUCUGAUACAGCUGAUGCAAAUCAAAAAUAAUUUGAACUUGGGUAUCAGUGUAUAAAAGAUUAUUAAUGUUAAUGACCAUUAUCUGACUUUGAAUUAAAAUGUAUGACCAAUAACCAAUGAUAAGUUGUUAUUACUAUUGGCUUUAUUACUGACAGUCUAAAUCACCUAUAUUAAUAGUGGUUAUCGUAUACAUAAGUACUUAAUAUUACAAUAAAUAUAAGUUUAAUAAGCUGUAUAUUCAUACAAUAGUUUAAACUAAUUUCUUUAUAGAAUUUAGACAAAUUAAAUUUUAUUUUUUUAAUAAGUUAAAACUACAGACAUUUAUAUAUUGUAUUUUAUAAGUAUUAUUAUUUGGUUUUCUAUGUGGAUUAUUGUCCAAAUUUCCUAUUAUACCUCUGUACCAUAUUAAUAAAUUAUUUAGUAGAUAUAA